UGUUCGUUUUCAUCUCAUCAACAAAGUUUCAUCAAAAAAAUUAAUCUAAUUAAAUAAAUGAGUCCGGCUGUGUCAAAGAUCAAUUCUCAGUUAUCGGCAUUUACGUUCAUCGCUAAAUUAUGGCAAAAUGAAGCAGUUUCAUCGAAUGGAUUGCCAUUAACAGCUAAUUCAAUUAGUAUUUUUGGUCGAUUUCAAAUUUUAAAGUCUUUUCGGAAUGAUAAUUUGACUCAAUACCUUAAUAUCGAGCGAGGGAAGCAUGAAAGGACGAUUGUCAUUAGCGAAUAUUAUGGAUCUUCAUUAAAUGAAACAUCCAACAAAAACAUCCAGUACGAGAAUAUAUUGAAAAUAUUUUAUCAAUGCAUGACUGGAUUAAGUUUCAUACACAACAAUGAUAUUGUUCAUCAUAAUCUCGAGCCUUCAAAUGUUCUUAUCGACGAGUGGCACAAUGUAAAGCUAUUUAAUUAUGGAUUUUAUUACAUGACUCGAGGAGAUGAAGAUUGUGAGGAAUACGUAACAUUCCCAAUUGGAAGUAAUAUUCGAUAUAUAGCACCAGAAAGAAUAUUAGGGAAUAAUGGAAACCCAAAAAGUGAUGUGUGGAGCUUGGGUAUGAUAAUAGCUGAAUUAGUAUUUGGAAUAUCUCUAUGGACUAACUUGAAGUUUCCAAUUAUUGCUCGUAAGAUAUUAAGCUAUUGUACGACUACUGGAUCUGUUCUUGAGAAAAUAGCUAGGGACCAUAACUGCCUAGAAGUUUAUAAUAAUUUAAAUAGUGAUUUUAAAGAUCUUUUGGAGUCAUGUUUGGCUGUAGAAUCUAAGAAUCGUCCGACAUGUCAUGAAAUACUCAAUUCAUCAAUUUUCAUACACCAUCAAGAAUCUAUUGCCUUUAAAGUACAUAAAAAAGGUAUUAGAGAAUUAGCACCAAUGGAAAGACUUGAAAUUUCUCAAAUUUACUAUCUUUGGCAAUUAACUGGUGGAGAUGUCCAUUCUGAACUGAAGAAAGAAGGCUUAAUAAGAAGUGAAGCUCCAAUUUUGACAGUUCCACGAUUAGUUCUCCUGCAAAGCAGUAAGUCUAUGCCAAAUUAUAAAAGUCAAAGUUCACUUUUUGAUCAGCGAGUUGUCAUCCUUAAUACAAAGAAUUUAUCAGAUCGAUUAGCACUCAUUCCUAAACGUGCAUUUUAUCCACUCCUUCAUUGUCCUCGACUACCAUACAAUUUUGGUGCUGAAAUGCGAAAUCUACCAUUAGUGAUACGCGAGAGAAAUAUUGAAUAUCAAUUUUACAGAGUCGUUUUAUUCUCACGAUUAUUGAAAGGAUAUCCAUACACUAGAGACUUGAUUAUUGAAGAAGCUAAAAAAGAUAUUCCUCCGUUUUUAAGAGGAAAGAUCUGGGCUGCAUUACUAAAUGUGAUUCCAACGGGAAGGUAUGAAAAAGUCGAUAAAGUCACUCCAAAUCAGACUGAUCGACAAAUUGAAGUGGAUAUACCGAGAUGUCAUCAAUAUGAUGAGCUUUUAAGUAGUCCAACAGGACAUUAUAAGUUAAAAAGACUAUUGAAAGCUUGGGUUACAUCACAUCCACAAUAUGUCUAUUGGCAAGGACUUGAUUCAUUAACAGCACCAUUUCUAGUGACAAAUUUUAAUGAUGAAGAGACUGCCUUUCUAUCUCUCUACAAUUUUAUACCGAAAUAUCUACACAACUUUUUCCUGAAAGACAACUCAAUCAUAAUUAAGGAAUAUUUAACAAAAUUCUCACAAUUAGUGACUUUCCAUGAGCCAGCAUUGUCAAAACAUCUCAACACAAUCAGCUUUAUUCCUGAACUAUUUGCUAUUCCAUGGGUGCUGACAAUGUUCUCACACGUUUUUCCACUUCAUAAAAUUUUACAUUUGUGGGAUCGAUUACUAAUCGGCGAUUCAUCAUAUCCACUUUUUAUUGGCGUUGCUAUUUUAAAGCAAUUAAAGUCGACACUAAGAGAGGCUGGUUUUAAUGAAUGUAUAUUGCUGUUCUCAGACUUGCCUGAUAUUAUUAUGGAUACGUGUGUUAUUGCAGCAGAUGAAAUGUACGAAAAGACACCAAAAAGUAUCUGUCAUCGUAAGCAUGUGUGGAGGACUGAGGAAUUGGAAAUAUUUGAUAUUACUAACAUAGAAUUGAGUGAUAUUCAGAAAGAAAUCUCACCGCGAAUCAGUGCUAAUAAUUUGAUUUAUUUAUUGAAAGAAAAACCGAAUCAAGUUGUUGUGUUUGAUUUGCGACCACAAAAUGACUAUAAACGCUGGCAUAUUAGAGGAUCAAUAAAUUUGCCAUAUACAAAUUUAAUGCUUAGCGAUCGACGUUUGGAAUCGAUAAAUGUAGAACGAAAUACAUUGCAAGAUAAAGUUGUUGUUGUUAUCAGCGUGUCACAUGACAAUGCAAGUCUUUUUGCUGAUUUUCUAGUUGACUGUGAAAUUUCUAUGGUCAGUAUUCUUCAUAAUUCUAUCAACACACUUCAUUCGAUACUUCCGAGUAAUUUAUUUGGAACUUAAAAAAUUGUUUAUUUGUGCAAUUUUAUUUUUAUGCAUCAGUGCAUUUAAUUUGACUGACUGGAUAUGUAAUGAUUUAAUGGAUGAAUUUUAACAGUUUUCAGAAGUUUAAAAUUUUGAACAUCAUAAUUAAAAGUUUAAAAAAUUUGAAUUUUUGAACUUUAAUUAAAACGAAUUUAAAUUCUACAAAACCGUUGAAAAUUCAAAUCUUACAACACCGUUACAAAUUCAAAUCUUACAAAACCGCUGAAAACAAAAUUUGAUUCCAACAAUAAAUGUGCAUUUUGCAUCGCACAGAUUUUUAUUAUUUUAUGUUAUAAAUAUUCAUAAUUAACAUUCUUUAUGUACACUUAAAUGUAUACACAUCAUUAAUUAAUUAA